AUGGAUACCUCUAAGGAAGAUGUGAUGAUUUGUAUGCCAGCUAAAGAUGGGAAGUUCUCAGUCAAGAGUGCCUAUAAGAUGCUAACCAUAGAUGAUAGAAACAUUCAAGUCAAUGGAAGAAUCAUACAAACUUCUACCUGGAAAGCUUUAUGGCACUACAGGAUUGCACACAAGAUUAAUUGUGGAAUAUGUGGCAGUAAUCUGGAAACCAUAAAGCAUAUUCUGUUUGAGUGUAAUUACUCAAAGAGAGUCUGGAGAGGACUCAAUAUUGAUAUUAAAGAUGAAAGACAUGGUCACAACAGUGUCUCAGAAUGGACAGAGAGUUGGUUUUCUGGCAAUCUCAGAGCUACAAAUGAUAAAUGGUUGUUCACGUUAAUGAUUGGAUCAUGGGUUAUCUGGAAAGACAUAUGCGAUGUUGUCUUUCAAGGAGUAUCUCUUAAUCCCUCUAACUUUGUGCACAAGAUUAAUUUCUACUUGAAUGCUCAUCUGCAUAAUAAUGACAUGCAUACCCAUAGUCCUGCAUCCAUAAUAUUUUCUCGUUGGAAACCCCCCAUGCAAGAUUUCAAUAUUGAUGCUUCUUUUGACCAUGACACUAACCAACUUGGCACGAGUAUCGUGCUUCGAAAUUUUGCAGGUACCUGUCAAGGAAUCAAAGGGCAUUACGCAGAUGGAAUUCUAAGUCCUGAAGCUGGGGAAUGCAUCGCGAUUCGUGGAGCUUUCCUCUGGGCCAAAGAAUUGUAUCUAAAAAAGAUUCACAUUGAAGCAGAUGUUAAAUUAGUGAUUCAAUCUAUAUUGGAGAACACCCUCUUGAUCCAAUAG